AUGAGUGUGCUGUAUACAGGCCGCCUCAUGAUUCAGUUGACACGAUAUUCGAGAUAUCGCGGUAGGCACAGUCUCCCAGGUUCCCUCAACGUCAUGUUCUAUCUGAACCUGAAUUGCACGAAAUUAGUGGGAUACACUGAUUGCUAUUCCUAUUUGGUCUUGACAGGACACUCGAAUGAAACUCGCGUUUGCGAUGUUCUUCUUCAAACUUGUUAG